CUUCAUUGAAAAGCCUUCAAACUUUAACAAAAAUGCGAGUUUUGAUUCUAUUAUUUUUCUGCUACUUAAUGUAUAGAAGUGAAUGUAGAAAGCAUAAACAUAACCUAACAUGGGAGACAGCCAAGAAGAGAUGCAUCUAUAGAAAAACCUGGUAUGAUCGACAUUGGAAUACUAAUUUAACUCCAUUGGACUAUAAAUGUCGUUGGCAAAAGGAUUAUUUCUACAAAACGAGAAAUGAAGCCGUCGAUUCUCGCCAAUGUAUAAGAGAUAAUCAAAAUAAAACACCGAAACACUUUGACUGUGUAUUAAAGGAAUCAGAUGUAGAAAAACCUAAGCUGCCAGAAAAACCAAAACAGCCAGAAAAACCUAAAGAGGCAGACAAACCAAAAGAGGCAGACAAACCAAAAGAGACAGACAAACCAAAAGAGACAGACAAACCAAAAUGAUCUUUUGAUCAAGACCAGCAGAGUUCAAGAGGCAUUGGCAGAAAAUAAAGAAGAUGAAACAAAUGUAUUUCAUUUCGGAAACCUUCACAUUAUAUGGCAUGGAUAUUCGGUUUUGUUUUAACGUCUGUAAAUUCUGUUUUUGUAAACUCAGAAUUCAUUCA